AGUAGGUUGUCAAUAUUCCCGUCCUCUUACUCCACCUGCUGCCAAAGCAUCUAGCCAAGCAUUUGCACAUAUACUCUUGAAAGCUUGGCGAAGGUCUAACAUCUAGGACCCGGAAACCGACGCUAACAACUUUGUCCAGGGUCUAGAAUCAAAUCAGACUGCCUGCCAAUCUACAAAGUACAGACGAUCAAGAUCCAUAUCCCGAUCUGGUCCCCACCAAGUCCACUUGCUUAGUCGUCUAGAGAAAAAACCCAUCGGUGAAGUCAUUAUUGCGGAAAGCUUAGAGGUUCCGAAAGCGGAGGGGGCGAAGUGAUCUGCUUUGCCGGACUAUGUGUUGGAGUGAAUUUGUCUCUGUUGUUGUGAAGUUUAUCAGACAGGUCGUAUUUUUUAUAAUUGUGCCUACAAAUUCGACCCAGCCAUCACAUCAAACAGACUACCAAACCGUCAACUACACAUCAGAACCUCGAGACAAUGGCGCAACUUAAGGGUGCCGCACAGCUCCGGAAAUACCUCGCCGACCCCGACAAGAUCGUCGUCUGCCCCGGCGUCCACGAUGGCCUCACAGCCCGCAUGGCCCUGAACGUCGGAUUUGACGCACUCUACAUGACUGGCGCUGGCACUGCCGCCUCCCGCCUAGGCCAGCCCGACCUAGGUCUCACCACGGUCGAUGACAUGGCCACCAACGCGGGCAUGAUAGCCGGCCUGGACCGCAACGUGCCCGUCAUCGCCGACGCGGACACGGGAUUCGGCGGACCCCUCAUGGUAGCCCGCACAACGGAAAAAUACAUCCUGCAGGGCGUAGCCGCGUUCCAUAUCGAGGAUCAGGUGACCACGAAACGGUGCGGUCACCUAAGGGGCAAGGAGCUCGUCGACGUGAACACGUACUGCGCGCGGAUCCGGGCCGCGGCCGCGGCGCGCAAGGAGAUGGGAAGCGACAUCAUGAUUAUUGCGCGGACGGACUCGCUGCAGUCUCUCGGGUACGAGGAGGCGGUUAGGAGACUGAAAGCGGCGGUCGAGGCGGGCGCGGACGUGGCGUUUUUGGAGGGGAUGACAACGAAGGAGGACAUGGCGAAUGUGGUCAAGGAUAUGGCGCCCACGCCGUGUUUUCUGAACAUGGUGAGUGGGGGUGUGACACCAUUGGUGAAUGCCGACGAGGCAAAGCGGAUGGGGUAUAAGAUUGUGAUCUGGCCCCUGGCGGGCAUGACGGCAGUGUAUUUGGGAAUGAGGGAUUUCUGCCGGGAGUUGAAGAGCACGGGCGAGAUUAAAGAGAGGUAUACCGAGGAUGGGAAGAUUGAUGGAGGGGUUGGAGAUUGUUUCGAGCUCUGUGGGUUGUCCAAGUGUGGUGAGUUUGACCAGAUGGUAGGUGGAACGAGCUUUGCGAAGGGUGCGUAGGGAAGGGAUGUAAUAGUGAAAACAUAUGAGUGUAUUUUCGUAACUUUGAAUCUGACAUCAGGAGAGAUACAGUCCGAGUCUCAGAUCCAACUUAUCAAGAUUGACCUUGUCUGUUUCAUUGUUACCACUGGGUAAUGACAAUGGUCGUAACGAUGGUAAAUCUGUGUCAUUGGCCUUUGUGAGAAUCGCCUCGAGCAGAGUCUCAAUCUCAGUGACCUGAGAUGCCAACUCGGGAACCUUUCGUUUCCUCAACUUAUCCAGGUCUUCAUAAGCAAUGGACCGCUCCGUCGGUAGGAGAGGGCG